AUGACGUCGUCAAAAAUAUCUAAUAAGAAAUGGAUAAGCGAAGAGACAGCGGAGGAAGAGGAGCUGUACAGGCAUUCGAAAGAAAUGGAAAUCGUUUGUUAUGCUGUAACAAAAGUCGUUUUGGAAGCUGAUAAUAAAUGGAAAGGAUAUAUUGGAACCAAUGAUCACUCUUUGACCAAUCGUAGAUAUAUCAUGGAACUGGUCAGCAUACAGGUUUUAGAUCAAAUCAUAGAAUAUCUAAAUAAGCUAGUUAAAUCAUUUUACAAACUAAAUCCUAAGUUGGCUAGAUUAAAAAAAGACAAUACCUUUAUGAUAAGUAAACAUGAUCAUACUUUCGACAUGUUAUGCAGCAGACGAUUUAUUUUGCUGCAAUCUAUUCAUAGUCUAAUUAUGACAAUAUUAUCAACUUGUCUCCAAAGAGAAGAUGCAAGAAAAAUGAUUGAAUCUUGUUUAAGCUUAGUUGAUAUCUAUAAUAAUCUUAUCGGUUUAAGUUAUAAAAAAUUUACAGCCAAGUUCAAUAUAUGCAGUAACACAUUUCCCAACACUAUUAGUGAAACUAAAGCACUAACGCUAACAAAAAUAGUCCAGGUUUUGGUGAAGAGUCGAACGGAAAUUAAUUGCCAGCGACUAAUAAACUGCUUAGUAUUAAUGUAUAAACCAGAACACCACGAUGACACCCAUUCUAGUUCAAGUAGUGCUGAAAGUUUAGAAAUAUACCAUACUUUAACCAAACACAUUACACCACCCAACUCUUCUUCGUCUCGUCGUCUCAGUUUAGCUAAACGUCGUCAGGCAUUCAUUGAAAACAAGAAAGCUAAAAUGAAGCAAGCACAAAGCCUUGUAGAACCGAAGAACGGACACAAAAAAAUUGCCGAAAUAUUGAACCCUCAGAAUUCCGACGGUGAUGUGCCUUAUACAUCUCUUUUAACAAAUGAAUGUGUGUUGGAUAACAUUUAUAAUAAUGACGAAAAUGUUAAUAGUAUACUGCAAAGUGAAGAAAUUUAUAUUGAAAUACUUUUGGACACCGUUGCAAAUACGUCUCCAUUAUUAUUGGGACCAAAAGGAGUUAAAAAACUUAAAUCUGGUAGAGUACAAGUUAGUAAAAAGGCUGCUCAAAAAGUAACGAAUUAUUAUCAAAAUUUGUUAUGGGGCGACGUUGGCAGUUGUCUUGAGCAUAUCGUGUUAUGGUGGUCUUCCUUUCCUUUGGCUACGAGAUCACCUAACACAAGCCAAAAUCUUCGAAUGUGGUUAUUUGCUACCUUCAACGACACAAAUACUCCGGAAUUAAUAUUAUCAUCGCUAAGAAUAUUGGCAGAUGCGUUAGGAUGUCACGUGACGUUGACUUCUUGGGAUAAACAUUUUGGAGCUACGUUAACUACCAAUCUUAAUCCUACAUCGCUGGAGGACAAUCCAAAUCUUUCAGUUUACGUUACUGAAACAACCGUGUCCGGCGCUAAUUUCGCUAUAAUGCUGCAAGAAUUAGUGACUCUUAAUAAUCACUGCGAAGUUACGUGGGAUUAUAUUUUGGGUGCGCCACUAGAAGAUUUACCGAUUGUCGAACAAAUACCAAUUCUGCAUAGGCUGGAUCACUCAAUCCACACUUAUCGCCUGUGGUGUAUGAGUGAGACCCGUCGUCUGUCCAACUCUUGGCUGAUGAAUGACUUCGUGCGAGUCGCUCACAACGACAUGCGCACGUGUCUAGAACAACUGGUCAACUUGAGGUUCGCCGAUCACACGGAAACUAUAGAAGUGGGUAAAAUUGGAGUUCACGAGAACGUGUGCGCUAAAAUGAGAGAAAAGCUCGUUUCGGAAGUCAAAGAAGCCAAUGACGAGAUUACUGUCGUGUUGUCGUCUGUUUGCGCUACUAUAAGUCUAGCACACCUCACUAUGAUAUUUCCGAGCAACGCCGAGUGGCGGAGGAUAACUCAACCGGAUACCGCUUAUUCUAUAUACGUACAUGAAUUUUUAGAUAAAAUAUUGUUACCGGUUAUUAAAGCUACUCAGGAUACGACAAUGCUUAAUAUGGUCCUACGAUUAAUGUGCGAGUCCUGGCUGCAUCAUAUUUAUGUAGCUAAAGUGAAAUUUACAAAAGAAGCCGCGUCUCAACUGUUAGUUGACUUUAACGAGGUUCGCAUCUGGCUUAACGACUGCAUACAUCUUUCAUCUGCUGCUAAAAAACAUAUGUUACAAAAUGAGGUUUUAAGACGAUGUGAAGGUGUCGGAAGGCUAUUGCUUCAUGCGCCUGGAGAUUUGAUAUCCAUGCAGGAAUCCACAAUGCAGUCUGCGAAAAUCAAAAAAGAUGGUAAAACAGACACUCCUGAACAACUAAUGCCGGCUGAAAUGUACGUACCCAAUCAGAAGCAAUGGUUGACACUACGAGCCGGGAAGAUAAAAGGCCCCAUAGCUUUCACGUUGUGUUGCAUGGUGUUAUGUUAA